AUGGUCGCCGACGCAGUCAUCUACCACCCCACGGUAGCGCACUACCUGCGCUACAUGGCCACCACCCUCGGCCGCGACAAGCUCAUGCGAGUAUUCCAGUACUUUGCCCGUUUCUACGCUUGGUACCUCCUCCGCGGCAACGCAACCGCAGACAAGGUCGCUCCUUGGAACGCCCUCAAGAAGCAGUUCGGCCUGUUCCGAAAGGUCUUCCGAGCCGGCAAGUUCGUCGAGCACCUCAAGGCCGCUGCCACCGCCUCCGACUCAAAGUCCAUGGAUCCCGUCCUCAAGUACACCCAGGUCGGUCGCCAGCUGGGUUACGCCGGUUACCUCGCCUGCGAUUCUCUCACCAUUCCUCACGCCGCCGGCAUCAAGACCUGGCAGCACGCUACGCGCAUGCAGCACGAGGCCUACCGAUCAUGGGCUGUUGGUAUCGCCUUUAGCAUUCUCGGCCAGCUGUACACUCUGCGCCAGUUGAGCGCACGAGCAUCAAAGGUUGACCUGAAGGAGGGAGAGGGCGUCGUUGAGAGCAAGACCAUUUCUAUUGAGCGCGCUGCCGCCAAGAAGCAGCUUCUCUGCGAUGUCUGCGAUAUCCUGGUUCCCCUUUCCGGUCUUGGCUACAACAAAUACCUCGACGACGGUGUUGUGGGCCUGACUGGCACCCUGAGCAGUAUCAUCGGUGUCUACACACAGUGGAAGAAGACCGCCUAG